GAACGUCAUCAUGUCGCGCUUUAUUGUGCUACGUCAUCAUCCGGCGACGCGUCGUGCCGUUUGUAAACAAUAGUAGUGAAGUCCUAGAAAUUGCAUUGGGAGAUUUAAUGGACAGUCUUGUGAAGGUGCACGGAGGGGGUGGCUAUGAUUCUGACUUCAGUGAUGAGGAUGUGCAGGCAGAGUCCUCGGAGAGAGGACUUAAAAGGAAACGUGAAGAGGAAAUCUUACAGAAGCCUUUCCAGAAGGGUCGACACUCGAAGGUGGCUCACAGGACUUUACACUCCAGUGAAGUGGACAGAGAGGAAGCCAGGAACAGAAGAGCUCACCUGAUAUCACUGAAUGCCUUUGAGCGGCAUAAGAAGUUUGUGGGUGACUACAUACUUUAUUAUGGUGGACAGAUGAAGGACUUCAAACGCUCAAGAACGAAUGACAAAACAGAUCUGGAUGUACUGCGUGAGAACCAUCGCUUCCUCUGGAGAGAUGAGGACGAGGAUGACAUGACAUGGGAAAAGGAACUUGCCAAGAAGUAUUACGACAAGCUGUUCAAGGAGUACUGCAUUGCUGACCUCAGCAGAUACAAAGAAAACAAGUUUGGAUUUCGUUGGCGGACUGAGGAUGAAGUUGUCUCUGGCAAAGGUCAGUUCCAGUGUGGAAACAAACGCUGCGAGACGCAGGAAGGCCUAAAAAGCUGGGAGGUGAAUUUUGCCUACGUAGAACGGGGCGAGAAGAGAAACGCAUUGGUCAAACUCCGAAUAUGCCCUGAGUGCUCUUACAAACUCAACUACCACCACAAAAGGAAAGAGGUGAAAGCAAAGACAAAGACUAAGAGGUUAUCAGAGAACCAGGAGCCUCAGCCUCCAAACGAGAAGAAGAAAAAGAAGACGAAGCGAGCCUCUUCUUCUCAAAGACACAAACACAAAGACAAAAAGCGUCGAGAUCGCUCCACCUCUUCAAGCAGCUCGGAGGAUUCGCAGGACUCGGACAAAGAUUCAGAAGCUGGAGAUGAGCCAGAAGGCCAAUCAGGAGCCGACCACUGGAAAGGACCAGCCCCCGCGGUGGAGGAAAAGUCAAGGGAAGAGGAGUUUGACGACUACUUUGAAGACAUGUUCCUUUGACUCUGCAGGUAUCAGCGGACACCCUGCUGUGACUACACUUCUAUCUGUGCCUCUCUGACAUGAAAAGCAUGUUCUGUUUGACUGUACGUUUCAUUACUUUUACUGAAAUAAACCCACUGUUUACCUUGUA